AUGCCUGCUCUCGAGUUUGCAAGCUCGGUGGGAAACACCCUUCAUCACUUGUUGACUGGCUCCUACACCAACACCACCCUAUUCCUUCUUGCCUUUGACACUGUUGCUCGAACUUUGACGUUGAACUCCACGGUCCCUGGAUUCGGCCUUCAUCAAUUUGUUACUAGCAAUGCCGCCAAGGACAGGAUCUAUGCCACCGCUAUGAGCGAGCCUCCUCAACUCUUUUCUUGGUCGGUUGAUGAGAACUACAAGUUCACUUAUCUUGAUACUGUCAACAUCAGUGGGUUACAACCUAUGGAUGGUUCAACUGCGCAUAUUCAUGCCCUCACUGAGGAUGGAGGUCUUGGUGAAAUGGUCGAUGAGCUCUACAUGGUGCCAGAAGAGGAGAUUAAAAAUGUCAACAAAACUCGCGCGGCUGUGCUUUAUGGUGCUCAUGCUUUCGACAUCAACGUCAACCGCAAGGGUUUUGUUCCUCAUUUGGGCAUGAACUCAAUCUUCAUGUACGACAUUGCCGAAAAUGGCACUGCCACGCCUUUGUCCAUCAACCUUAGCCCUUCUGAGGGCGAUGGUCCUCGUAACUCUCUCUCAAGCAAGGAUGGAAAGCUUCUAUACGUGAUGACUGAACACAACCAAUGGCUCGACGUUUACAAGGUCCAUGAUACCCAACUUGAGCAUAUUCAGCGAGGUAGUGCGAUUCCCGACGACGUACGAGGCUCUUACACGUUCCGCAGCAACACUGUCCAAAUGUCCCGAGAUGGAAAGUAUUUGUUUACUAGUACCCGCAGCUGGAACAAUACCGAAGUCAACGGAUAUGUCGCUGCGUUUGCUCUGGAUAAGCAUGGCAAGCUCAAGAAGGAGAAGGCCGUAACUUUCUACGAGGCACCCGUGACUCUUGGUUCUUCAGGUGGCCUACGGGUUCUUCCGUGGGGUGACGAGACAACUCAGGACCCCAAAGGCAUCAGCGACUACAUGUAUCUUAGCGACACUUCUGAAGGUUGGAUGUUCAUCUUGGGCUGGACUCCUUCGAACCACAGUCUGGACGUCGUGGCCUCGCUGCACUACCCGGACAACCAGACCCCCUAUGAAGCUACUUGGUUGGACUGA